UCCAUUUUCAAACCUUGCCGUCUCAAAGCUGGGAAGAAGGUAAAGUUUGUGCAAGCUCAGUGGCUUAGAAAGGAUUGGAUUUCAAAAUGUGGAGCUCCAGAUCAUCCCUGUUCCAGGUGUCUUUGUGUCUGCUGGUUUCUGUUGGCUCCUGCACCUGUAAAGCUCUCAAUAAUGACAUCCAGAGCGAGAUCCCUGAUGGACUCUACUCUCAUCUGUCAGAGGAGGACCUUCUGGAGGAGGAAGACACAGACUCCAGGAUGGAGAACCUCCUGGGAACCAUGAAGGAGGGCUUUCUGAGAAAACUCAACCUGUCAGACGUUCCUCACGAGAACAGCAAAAUCUACCCUCCUCAGUUUAUGAUGGAGCUCUACAACAAGUACGCCUCGGACAGCUCGGCAAACCCUCAGUCUGAUGUCAUACGAAGCUUCACUGUCCAAGAUAUCCCUCUCUCUGAGACAAAUGGCACAAAGUCAAAGAGCAGGCUGCAGUUUAACAUCAGCAUCCCCACCCACGAGAAGCUCACUACUGCUGAACUACAGCUCUUCUUCUUCCCAGAUCCCAGGUCAACGGUCACCUACCACAGAUUCAAGACCACCGUCAAAGUCUAUGAAGUGGAUUACAACAAUUUCACAUCCACCACCCAACUGCUGGUUGGAAAAGAGGUGACAAGCUUCGAGAGCAUGUGGGAAACAUUUGAAGUGACUGCGGCGAUUCAGAGCUGGAUCAAGUCGGGCCAUAGAGCAACUGUUUUUGAUGUCGUGGUGGAUGGGAAGGACUGUGGGGCCUCUAAAGGUGAAGAAGAAGGAGCAGGCUGUUUGAAUAUGAGCGUGUCUGUUGGAGAUAACACUUCAGCGGCUUUAAUCAUCUUCUCAGAUGACCUGGGUAGCAGGAGGAGGGAGAAAAAGAAGGAACUAAGAGAGAUGAUCCUCCACGAAGAAGAAACCAUCUUACACUCAGGUGCGGACUGGAACAGAGGAGAUCAGCUUCCAAACAAGAUCCCGGAAGAGCACCUACGGAGAAAGAAAAGAAAGGUAGAGAGAGAAUACUGCCAGCGGACCUCUCUCAAAGUCAACUUUAAAGACAUUGGCUGGGACAGCUGGAUCGUGGCGCCUCCAGAAUAUGACGCCUUUGAAUGUCGAGGACUGUGUUACCACCCGCUGACAGACGAAAUGACCCCAUCAAAGCACGCCCUUAUCCAGACGCUGAUCAACAUCAGGAACCCCAAGAAGGCCAACAUGGCAUGUUGCGUCCCCAUCAAAUUGGACCCCAUCACAGUCAUGUAUCAGGAGAACGGACGCCUCACUAUCAGAUACCUUUAUGAAGAGAUGAAGGUGGCAGAGUGUGGCUGCAGGUAGUCAGAGAGAAUUGGUUUGCUCUGGUGGUAGGACAGGUGAUUAUAAUAGUGCAAAUGCUGCAUUUCAUUUAAGUCUGUCUGAUGUUCAUUUCCUGCAAUGGUCCAGUAGAAGAGAAGUACCACAGGUCUAACAAAAAGAUAAGAUUUUAUUUAUACCAAGGAAUUAAAUGAUUGUGCAACAGUUGCAUUACAAAGUAGGAAACAGUGCAAGAAACAUGGACGCCUCUAUUAUCUACCAUGCCUGUUAGCAUUUCACAUGUCAUCACCAUCAAGCACGAACCAAAGGAGACAGAUAUCUUUAUAUUGUGUAUUUAAUACUGGUUAUAUGUACAUAAAAAGCUUGCCCAUACACUGUCUUGAUCUAAUGUGUUAUAACAAAAAACAAAAUUGUAUUAUGCAGUAAAUAAUGUAAAACAGAACAGAAAGUGUGUAAAAAGCAACAGUAUUUUGGUGGUUAACAAACAUCUUUGCAUUGUGAUCUCACAUAUGUGAAAUGACUUCUACCUCUUAACACCGCAUUACAUGGUGGUAGCACGUAAUAUGUAAAAUUACAUGGUUUGAGCACGGCUGAGUGUAGGCACCAAAACUACUUGGUUAGGUUUAGGACAAGAUUAUGUUAUGGGGUAAAAUAACUUAUGUUAUGUACAAGACAUAAGUACUUGACUGAACAUGGCAUAACUACAAAGUUAAAGGAAGUAAUCACUGACUUCUUAUUUUACAUAGGACACAAACAGUGCUCUCCCAGGUGAAAGUCCUGCAUUUCUUUGACCCAUCCACCUCAGCCUCCUCCCUACAUGGACUUUCUCACUCAUUAUACAACCUAAGGGUUUGGAUUGUUAACCACUGCCUAAUGCGUGACAUCAUUGAACCAGGGAAUUAGUGUGUUUACCAUGACAAACAAUCCUAAUUGACUUUGCAUUGGCAUUUUUUGUAAUUUUUACACACUGACACCGAUAUGUAAGGUGAUGUGAAGAGGUCACGGUUAUUUGUAUUUGUGAGAUCGGGUUGCAUUCAUUUUUUUUUUUUUUUUUUAAGAUUAAAAAAAUCUUGCCAAAGCAGAUCUGUUAGUAAUGUGAGUUUUGUAAAACAAAUACAAUAAAUAGAUUUGCUGGCAUUAAUAAGGUGACAUUUAAUCACAGCUGUUCGUCUGUUAAUCCUGUGCUAGUUUUAAUGUAAAUCUGUACAUUACUAUUGUAACUGUAAUUUGUUUAUGUUAAUAUACAGUAC